CGCUGGAGUCUGUUGUCUGACUGAGUAGGCCAUUCCGGUCGAGUCGUUUCUAUUUUCUUUUUUUAUCCUACCGUUUCAAUUUCACUUCCUAAGGAAGUUCUUUGCAACUCCGGGCUGGGCUGUCUGAGCGGCUCGUGGCCUGGUUUCCCCUCCUUCAUCGAUCUUUCCCGACGCCGCACAUAGUCGCGAUUCUUCGUUCCCCCACACAACAUGAGGUUGGAUAUUAAGAGACAGCUCUUCGCCCGUUCGGAGCGAGUAAAGGGCAUUGAUUUCCAUCCCACGGAGCCAUGGAUUCUGACAACGCUAUACAGCGGUCACGUCUACAUAUGGUCCUAUGAGACUCAGUCCAUUAUCAAAACCUUCGAAUUGACCGAUGUCCCCGUUCGAGCCGGGCGAUUCAUCGCCCGGAAAAACUGGAUUGUUUGCGGUUCAGAUGACUUCCAACUUCGCGUCUACAAUUACAACACCUCUGAGAAGAUUGCCUCCUUUGAAGCGCACCCGGACUAUAUUCGUUCCAUUGCCGUCCACCCAACUCAACCCUUCGUUCUUACAGCCUCCGAUGAUAUGACAAUUAAGCUUUGGGAUUGGGAGAAAGGCUGGAAAUGUGUUCAAGUGUACGAAGGCCAUAGCCAUUAUGUAAUGGGACUUGCGAUCAAUCCUAAGGAUACAAAUACCUUUGCGUCCGCAUGUCUGGACCGGACUGUCAAGAUUUGGAGUCUGGGCUCCCCGCACGCCAAUUUCACACUCGAGGCGCACGAAACGAAAGGUGUCAAUCAUGUCGACUACUACCCCCAGGCCGACAAACCGUACCUCCUCACUACUUCGGAUGAUAAGACUGUGAAGAUCUGGGACUACACCACCAAGGCUCUUAUUGCAACCCUAGAAGGCCAUACAAGCAAUGUUUCCUUCGCUUGUUACCACCCGGAAUUGCCCGUCAUCAUCUCUGGUUCUGAAGAUGGUACCGUCAAAAUAUGGCACGCAAACACCUACAGGCUAGAACAAUCUUUGAGCUAUGGAUUGGAGAGAGCUUGGUGUAUUGCUUAUCAACGUGGAAGGCAGGGUGUUGCAAUGGGUUUUGACGAUGGCGCUGUGGUUGUGAAGAUGGGUAGAGAAGAGCCAGCUGUCUCCAUGGAUGGGUCCGGAAAGAUCGUCUGGGCGAGACACAGCGAGGUGGUCUCGACGGUAAUAAAGGGUGGUGAUUCCAGCCUCAAGGAUGGUGCCCCAAUUUCUCUUCCUACCAAGGAGUUGGGUUCUUGCGAGGUUUAUCCCCAGACCCUAACCCAUUCCCCUAAUGGACGUUUUGUUUCUGUCUGCGGAGAUGGCGAAUACAUCAUCUACACUGCUCUGGCCUGGAGAAACAAGGCUUUUGGCCAAGCUUUGGAUUUUGCUUGGGGCUCAAAGGAUAAUAGCAAUGACUAUGCCAUCCGGGAGUCGGCAACUAGUGUCAAGAUUUUCAGGAACUUCAAGGAAGCAAGUGGUGGUCUUGAUGUAGGUUUCCAGGCCGAAGGCCUUGCGGGUGGUGUUCUUCUCGGUGUAAAAGGACAGGGGGGUAUUGGCAUGUUCGAUUGGGAAACUGGAAACCUGGUUCGACGCAUCGAAGUUGAGCCCAGAGCUGUCUACUGGUCCGAGUCUGGAGAGCUGGUUACUCUUGCUUGUGACGAUUCCUUCUAUGUCCUCCGAUUCUCUAGGGAGAAUUAUGUCCAUGGAUUAAAUGCCGGCGAAGCCGAUGAGGAUGGCGUUGAGUCCGCCUUCGAGGUUGUCACUGAUAUCAACGAGUCUGUCCGAACUGGUCAGUGGGUUGGGGACUGCUUCAUUUACACGAAUUCCACGAACCGCCUGAACUACCUUGUGGGUGAUCAAACAUACACGAUCUCUCAUUUUGAUCAGCCGAUGUACGUCCUCGGAUACUUGCCACGAGACGGUCGAGUGUAUCUUGCCGACAAGGAUGUAAACGCCGUAUCCUUCGCCCUGUCACUCAGUAUGGUUGAGUACCAGACUGUGGUCCUGCGUGGAGACAUGGAACUUGCUGCGGAGCUGCUCAAAGACAUCCCUCAGGACCAGAUGAACAAAGUGGCACGAUUCCUCGAGGGACAAGGCUACAAGGAGAUGGCUCUGGAGGUCGCUACUGAUCAGGAACACCGCUUUGAGCUUGCCCUUGCUCUUAACAAUCUUGACAUUGCCCUUGACAUUGCUCGCGAAGCCAACGUGGAACACAAGUGGAAGAUUGUUGGCGAUGCUGCCCUAUCGGGAUGGAACCUCUCUCUGGCUCAAGAGUGUUUUACGAACGCGAAGGACUUUGGCUCCCUCCUGCUCCUACACACUGCCAGCGGCAGCAAAGAUGGUCUGCGAAAGCUCGCCGAGCAAGCAUCGGAUGCAGGCCUCCACAACGUUGCGUUUUCUACUCUGUGGUCUCUCGGAGACGUCGAUGGCUGUAUCGACCUUCUUGUACGCACCAACCGUCUUGCAGAAUCCGUUCUCCUUUCACAGACAUACCAACCUUCUCGAGCCCCCGAACUCGUCGUCAAAUGGAAAGAAUCCUUGGAGCAAUCUGGAAAGACAAAGAUCUCGCGACUCAUCGGUGUUCCCCCAGGUGCUCCAGACGUUCCCGCGGAUGAUGAAUUGUUCCCUGGGUGGGAUGAAUAUCUCCGGCUGGAGAAAGAAGGCGUUGUCGCCGAACCACCAUCAUCUACUACUCUCAUCGACGUUGAUGUAGAAGAUGCUGAGCCCGAAACGAACGGUGCACACGAGGAGGAAGAAGACGAUGCAGAGGCCGAAGCGGAAGCGUGAGCGAAUCCAUGAAUAUAACCAUAUAAUACCUUAUCCGCCCUAGGGCAGGAUCGCUCAGCCAGUUUUAAUGUGGGUUAUGACAGCAGAAAUGGAAGGUGUAUGGAGGAGAAGUGGAUUUGGAGCUUUCCUUUAUUUUCCAGGGAAAGAAAAUAUCACUCAAACAAUCCAUGACGAUAUGAUGUUCCAUAUAUUUGACACAGCUAUAAAAUUGGCCUGAGGGGAGCACAGUUUUUUUUUUUUUUUUA